UUGGUAUUGGUGUCGAUGCCCUGGUAGGCUCGGCUCGCCCACCCUUUGUAGCCUCGUCAACUGCAUUGCCCCUUUCAGUGUUCAUCUUCCUGCGCACACGAUAAAGAAGCUGCCUUCCAAACAGAGUUUCGAGGAUGAGACACAUCAGAGUCCGAGCCUGCUUGCUGCUUGUAUGUCUAAGUCUGCUGGUCCUUCAUCUCUUUAAAGAUUUUAUGGACCCAAAGACCCUUCACUUCCAAGCUACCACGAGAGAGGAUCUUCAUCAAAUAACGACACUCGCCCCGAAGCACUACGAUUUCCUUUGGCCAAGUUGUCGACAGAACAUGUCUGUUGCUAAUAUCUCCGGCUUCAGCUCUCUUCCUGAUUUGAUAAAAGACUUUCUGUACUCUCGGCACUGUCGCAAAUUCCCGAUGCUACUGGACCUUCCUCAGAAAUGUGGCGGAGUUGAUCGAUCAGAAGACGUUUUCCUUCUCCUCGUCAUAAAAAGCUCCCCUGUGAACUACGAGCGUCGAGAGGUUCUGCGUAAGACCUGGGCCAAAGAGCGAUUACACAACGGGAUGUGGAUCAGGAGGGUUUUCGUCUCUGGGACGAUGGACAAAGGCUUUGAAAAUACAAGGCUGAACAAACUCCUGGAAACGGAGCAAAGGGAGCACAAAGACAUCCUCCAGUGGGACUUUGCCGACUCGUUCUACAACCUCACCUUGAAGCAAAUUCUCUUCCUGGAGUGGAUGGAAAGAAACUGUCCAAAAGCUCGCUUUGUUUUCAAUGGUGAUGAUGAUGUUUUUGCCAACACGGACAACAUGGUGGAGUAUCUCCGGAGCCUUGAAGGCAACAACGGAAGCAAGCACCUCUUCACUGGUCAUUUAAUCCAAAAUGUGGGGCCUAUUCGAUCACCUGGGAGCAAGUACUACAUCCCCGUUCAGGUGCAGGAGUCAGACUCAUACCCUCCCUACUGUGGGGGUGGGGGCUUCCUGCUCUCAGGCUACACGGCUUUGGUCAUAUUCAACAUGUCCCGCUCGAUUACCAUUCUUCCCAUUGAUGAUGUUUACAUGGGGAUGUGUCUGGCCAAAGCGGGACUGGCGCCAAGCUCCCAUAUGGGGGUGAAGACAGCAGGACUGCACAUCCCCUCCAGCAACCUUGAUAAGUACGACCCGUGCUACUAUAGAGAAGUGCUGCUGGUGCACAGAUUUCUCCCAGCUCAGAUGUAUCUGAUGUGGCACAGAAUACAUGACCCUGCUUUGAAAUGUGCUUCCUAAAUCGACCUCCAGAUAAAAACCCGGGACUUAACGAGGAGUGAAUAGGACUGAGCCUCCUCGUCUUCAUGUGGACGCUUUAAACAGAGCCUUGCUCUAAAGCUGGUGAAGCUGAUUGUCAUCAACAUGGACAGUUUUUAUGGACCGAGACAUUUUAUGUUGACUGGCAGCUGUCACUAGAAUAAAUCAGGUCAACUUCUUUCUGUGAGAAAUGAGUUUGGUGGGGUGAACAAGCGCCCCUAACCGACUAAACACAGGGGCGUAGCAUUAUUCCCCCAUCACACUAGCAUUUAUCCUUCCCUGCACACGUGUACUGUACGUGUGUGAUCCGGUUCUCUAGGUGGUGUAAAGUUGUCUUCGAAUAGGCAAUUCGAUUUUGGACUUGGACCCGGUGACCAGGUGAAGCUCCCCGGUCCCUUCUGGCAAGGGUAAUAAUCCUACAAUGUUUAUUUCCUCUAGAUCAGAGGGGCCUGGGUUGUUUUGUUCGACCCCCUUUGCAAAUUUAAUACAUGACAUCUUUCAAGCUCACACAAUCAUUGAUGGCAUGUCUACAAGGCGAGUUGCCUUCUGUGGAAUGUGACGAUAUGGCGGUACGAGGAUAAACUCCUCAGACAUGGUACUGCGUAUAUGCUUAAAAUCGCUGUUUGACCAUUGGAAGCAAAAAGUUUGGGCACCUUUGCUUAAUACAGCUAGCAUACACAAAACAUUUUGCACGUCAAUUAUGAGCAAACAACAAGUUAGUUGUAAUCAGAGUCGUAGACAACCCCAGUGUGGUGUAAUGCAUGCAACAGAGAGACAUAUUCAAAUAAAUACAAUCACAUUUAUAGAUAAAUAUGUCCAACUGGCUCGCUAAAAGAGCAAACUACCUAGCACACAAAUUACCCUACAAGCUGGCAAACUAAUUUAAAAAAAAACAUGAACAUACGCCCUUGGCAUAUUAUGAACUAGUUUCAUUCCGUAAUACUGUAGCUGAUAGCUGAGAAUAGAAGAAACAUACAUGACGUGCUAUGUGCGUGCAGACACUGUAGGCUAGCUGGCUAGCUUGGAAAUACGUUGUUAACUCAACAACCAACAAGCCUCGACGAUAUAAAGAUAGUAGAGAUGUCCGAUAAUAUCGGCAGUCCGAUAUUAUCGGACAUCUCUACUAUCUUUAUAUCCGAUAAAUGCUUUAAAAUGUAAUAUCGGAAAUUAUCGGUAUCGGUUUCAAAAAGUUAAAUUUAUGACUUUUUAAAACGCCGCUGUACGGAGUUGUACACGGACGUAGGUACAGAGCAGUUGCGUCUCCCAGUCAUACUUCAACCCUCCCGAUUUUCCCAGGAAUUUCAGUGCCCCUCCCGAGAAUCUCCCGAGGCAACCAUUCUCCCGAAUUUCUCCCGAUUUCCACUCAGACAACAAUAUUGGGGGCGUACCUUAAAAGCACUGCCUAUGCGUGCCGGCCCAGUCACAUAAUAUCUACGGCUUUUCACACACACAAGUGAAUGCAAGGCAUACUUGGUCAACAGCCAUACAGGUCACACUGAGGGUGGCCAUAUAAACAACUUAAACACUGUUACAAAUAUGCGCCACACUGUGAACCCACACCAAACAAGAAUGACAAACACAUUUCGGGAGAACAUCCACACCGUAGCACAACAGAACAAAUACCCAGAACCCCUUGCAGCACUAAAUAAUGCACUUUGUGACUUCAAUAAUAAAUAUGGCAGUGUCA